UCUUGCUCGAGCUUCAACGUUUAGCCAGCUUAUUAAAGUACUAAAAAUUUAACCAAAUUUAAAACGUAUUUUUACUGCUAAGCAGUUGCAGUUUUUUUUUUAAUUGUAUUUUUUUUUUUUAAAUUUUAACCCGAUCAGGAAGAAUUGCAUUUCCGUUAGCCGUUGUAAUGUGUUGUUAUGGCAACGAAGUCCUCCACCGACUGUGUUGUAAACUGAAGUAAACGUAACGUUAGCUAGCUGCUGUAGCCCAACUGCCUAGAGUUGAAUUCAGCUAGUAAGGCACUUGUAAAUACUACAGAUAUCGUCGCAUUAAUGGCCCAUUACAGAGCCCCAGAAUCGAAGCGAGAGCAAUUCAGAAGAUAUCUGGAAAAAUCUGGAGUUCUUGACGCUAUAACAAGCGUUUUAGUGACACUUUAUGAGGAGGAUGACAAACCUGACAAUGCACUGGAUUUCAUAAAGCUUCACCUCGGUGCAGCUGCUCCAGAGCCAGCAGACACUGUGGCUCUUCGCAUGGAGCUGGCUGACCUACAACAGAAAUGCAACCUGCUCAUGGAGGAGAACAAAGCGCUGAGGAACAGGCUGAUGCAGUACGAACCGUCGCCUGAAGAGGGAGCAGCAGAGUAGAACUGUCAUUUCUGUCUGGAGUAAAAAGAGAAAAAUAGCCUUUUUGAAGAAUAUUUAAAUGUUUAUUACAUAAUUAUCUAUCACAAAGUCUUUGUUAUUUUUUUUAUGACAAGAAGCAACUUUUCCUUUGUCAUAAAUAAAGUUUUUUUCAGCA